AUGAUUCUGGUGAAAAGUUUAACUGCAAUGGCAACGGAGAAGUUACUGUUGACAACAUCAGGUCAGCAAUUCUUGGAUGGCGUCGAUUAUAUGUAUCGAGUGGGUUUAUCACCUGAUCGCUUAUCAGUUAUGGAAACGAGCAGUGGUAAAUUCAUCCUACAGUUCCAUUCACGAUGCGAUCUUCGUCCAUUCGCUGCAAAUUACCCGACUUUUCAACGGUUACUUCGUGGUAUAGUUCACAUUAGAGCAUGGCAAAUUCAGUCUAUCGAAUUUUUAAAUGUUGAUUUCAAAAAUGGCCGAUAG